CAUUGUCAAACAAUGAAGGAGAAUUAUGUCACAAAUAGAAAGCUAGUGUGGUAUUAUUAUUGUGAUAUUUUACAUAUUCCCUAACCUUCCCAUGAAUAACAAAGAGAUAACCUAGAGGGAGAGAUAGAUAGUCCUGUCUAGAGCGAGUAUGGGUGUUGAAGAGAGAGGCAGGAUGGUGUAUAAAGAUGUAUUGCCAUUUGCAGGGAUGAUGAUAGUCGAGUUCAUCCUUGUUGGAGGUAACACACUCUACAAAUCAGCAAGUGUUCAAGGCAUUGACUCUUACGUUUUCACCUUUUAUGUCUUCCUUAUUGGCUUCAUCUUCCUCUUGCCAUGCAUCUUUAUCCUGCACAGAAGGACAAGUGUCCCACCCAUCAAAUUCUCUGUCGCUGGGAAGAUAAUUAUCCUAAGUGUGAUCAUGUACAUGUCACAAAUAUUCGGAUAUAUUGGUCUCAAGUAUGGUUCUCCAACUCUAUCAUCGAUCAUGAGCAACCUUUCACCAGCUUUUACCUUCGUGCUUGCAUUUUUCUUCAGUAUGGAAAAGGUACAUUUGCGAAGCUAUACCAGUCAGGCUAAAAUUAUAGGCACACUAUUGUCGAUAUCAGGAGCAAUUACAGCAACCGUUUAUAGCGGUCCAUCACUUUUAUCGACCUCAAUGAACACGGACUGGAUUAUUGGUGGCAUUUUACUUGCUAGUCAAUAUUUUCUACUUUCGUUCGCUUUAGUUGCCCAGGCAAAGAUAUUGGUAGAGUAUUCUGUGGACCUCAUCGUAGUGUUUGUAUUCGGCAUAAGUGGACUGUUAGUAGCUGGACUUGGAGCGUUAAUCAUGGCCAGAGAUUUAGAAUCUUGGAAACUAAGACCUGAUGUUGUUUUAGCCACUAUACUAUACAUGGGGUUUACUUCUGGAUUCUUUAACGUUGUGGUACAAAUUUGGGUGCUGCGAGUGAAAGGUCCAGUGUAUGUGGCCAUGUUCAAGCCGUUAACAAUUGUGAUAGCGGUAUGUAUGGGUGUCUUGAUCCUUGGCGAUUCACUGCAACUUGGAAGUGUUUUAGGGGGCUGCAUAAUAACAAUAGGAUUUUAUGUGGUAGUUUGGGGGAAAGCCAAAGAAGACAACGAAAGCGCAUCGACCAUCAGUGCUCCUCUGCUCGAAUCACAUGAAGAAGGUUUUUAAGUUUCCUUAUCCUCGAAAACACCUUUGUUAGAAAAGAUUUUAGUACUGUUUCAUACUAGUUUUUGCUCUAGUUUGUGCUCUGUGCGUGUUGUUGUACCGUUUUUUACGCUUAAUUUUUAUACUUUUGAUUACCGAUUUAGUUCA